AUGGUAGUCGGUGGUCAUGGCGGAGACGACGGAGCUAGUGGUAGUAGUGGUGGUAACAGAGCGCAGGCGGAUCGAUGGCUUGUAACAUCAGAGAAGCUUUUAGCGUCUAGUGACCUUCAAGGUGCGAGAACUUUUGCGAUCCGAGCAUGCGGAACCGACCCGACCCGAGCAGAAGCGGCGGACUAUAUCCUCGCAAUCUGCGACAUUCUUCUAGCCGGAGAGACUCGUCUAGGUGAUUCAAACUUGCCGGAUUGGUACGCCGUGUUACGACUCGGUCGAUUAGCUCAAAACCCUGAACACGUCGCGACUCAGUACCGUAGACUCGCUCUUCUUCUCAAUCCUUCGGUUAAUCGACUCCCUUUCGCCGAUCAAGCAUUUAAGAUCGUCUCUGAUGCUUGGUACGUGCUCUCUGAUCCCUCGAGGAAGUCAUUGUACGACCGAGAGUUGCAACUGAGUCAACUCGGCCAAUCUGGUUUCCAGCCCCAAAACCAAACUCAGCAACAAUUCCAGUGGAAACCUAGCCAAGGCACCAACGUAGCACAAGAGCCGCCUUCUGUUGCUCGGCCAGCUACGUCCACCGCCGGAUAUCCUUCGCCGUUUCAGAGCCAUGCUAAGAUCCAGACCGAUCCUACGGCGACGAGCUUCUGGACCGCUUGUCCUUACUGCUUUGUUCUCUUUGAGUACCCAAAGGCUUAUGAGGAAUGCACUUUAAGGUGUCAAGAUUGUAGAAGAGCAUUUCAAGCUGUGACGAUACAGAAACCUCCAGUGGAAGGGAAAGGAGAAGAUGUUUACUUUUGCUCAUGGGCUGUAUUUCCACUAGGGUUUUCCGGUGAGUUUAAAACCCCAAGUUGGUCACCUAUUUCACCUCUCUUUGCCUGUCCUCUGCAAAUGGUGGAUGCUGAGCCGAACAUGAAGAAGAGAAAGGAACCGGCGGCUCCGAGAAUUUAUUAUGACGAUGAUGACAUAUAUGUUGCGAUUUCGGAUGAGGAUUGUGAAGAAGAUGAUGAUUGGCAAGAGGGGGUACAAGUUAAUAAGAAGGUGAAUGUUGGGAAAGGAAAAGAAACGAUUGUGAGAAGUAACAAGAAACAUGGAGCUGAGAAAGCUGGGAAAGGAAUCCAAAAUGUAGAAAAUAUUAGUAGUGCUAGCAAUCCCGCGGUUUCGAUUGCUUCAGAUGCUGCAGCAGUUGGUUCUUCAUCUGGGGCUAUGUCUAAAACAGUGAGUUAUAGUACUAGAAAAAGAACGGGAACUGGAGCUAAGAACCUGGGGAGGUUGGAUUUGAAUGUGGAGUUCAGUAAUGAAGUGGAAGAGAAUGCUGCGGCAGGCGGGAGAAAUGAAGGCAACGGGCUCGGAAGUAACAGGGAAGUGGAUAAUAUGGAAGGGAUUGGGUUCUUUGAGGGACUUGAUGAAUUCUUGAGUAGUUUGCCGAUACUUUCUGUUGUUGGAGAUGAUAAAAUCAAGGCUACUUAG